AUGGCCCCUGCCCUGCCCAGUGGGUCCAGCACCGGGCCACCGGUGUCCACGGGAGCCGCCACCAGCUGGCCAGCUUCCUCCGGGCCACAGCCCCACUCUGCCGGACUGGCCGGGGAGCGCACCACCGCGCCUACUCACUUCUCUUCUGCCCCGGCCUGGACCUCGGCGUCCUCCGCCUCCUCCUCCUCCUCCUCCUCCUCCUCCUCGGCCUUGCCCGGGGCCAGCGUGGACACCACCAGCCCUGACCUGGGAUCCGGCUCCACUGUCUCGCACCGCUCCGCCAUGACUGUGACCACCCCAGGAAGCGCAAGCCCGCCCAUCUCGUCCACCUCCACAGCCAGAUCUGCCACCACCCCUCAGGAGGACACGCGGACCAGUGCCCCCGGGACGCCGGCUACUGUACAGACCAGCCCCUUGCAGAAAACUGGCGCGCACACCGCCACGGCCUCCCUCACCGCCACAGUCAUGGCCACGGCCACCCCCGUGGCCACGGCCACGGAAAGCUCCUACCCCGAGGUAACCUCCCGGGGGACAGGGGCCACUCAGAUCCCCACCUCGGCACGGGCGUCCACUCUGGGACUCACCUCCACAGACGCACCGGGGCUCGCCACCUCCAGCGCGGGCACACCGCUCGGUCCAGCCGGCACCUCCAGCCCUGGGACCGCGCCUCAGCCGAGCUCCCCAGCCAGCAGCCCCCCGGACAGUCCCACCACCGCCCUGGCACCGGCCGACAGCUGGCACUUCACGGAUGGCCUUGCGGAAUCAACGCACACGCCGGAGUCGCUUCCCUCGGGCACAGCUUCUGGCAGCGUGACGGCCACACUAACGCCCCCUCUGCGGGAAGGCAGCCCUGGCCCCACCCAGGUGCCCACCAGCACCACCAGCUCCAGUGCUGCUGGGCCAUCCACUCCCCGAGGACACAGCACCCCCGAGACGGGUCCGCCAGCCUCCCUCCUCACCGUCACACCACAGCAGGGCUCAGCCUGGCCAACCACGGGUUCCCACCCCGCUGACACCUCAAACCCCACGUCCAUGCCCAGCACACCUUCCAGCGCACCCCCGGGGCCCGCCACCACCCUCACGCCAACCCUUCCCACGUCCCAGGACACGACCCGGGCCUCUCUGGAGGCCACCUCCGCGUUUGGCCUCACCGGGCCGUCCCUGUCCCCCACGGCCCCCGCCACGGUGACCCCGUCGGCCUCCUGGCAGGACAGCCGGUCCACACCGGCACUCAUGGCGUCCUCACCGGGUUCAGGCUCGCCAGCCCACCCCCUUGCCACGGAGGCCACCGCCCACACGGUAUCCGGCCGAGCCACAGAGAACGGCACUGUCCUAGGGACGCCGACCAGGCCCUCUACCCCACCGGGCACAGCGUCCCCCGGGCUCUCCAGCACGGCCAGCUCCUCGUCCGGCACCAUGGCCCCUGCCCUGCCCAGUGGGUCCAGCACCGGGCCACCGGUGUCCACGGGAGCCGCCACCAGCUGGCCAGCUUCCUCCGGGCCACAGCCCCACUCUGCCGGACUGGCCGGGGAGCGCACCACCGCGCCUACUCACUUCUCUUCUGCCCCGGCCUGGACCUCGGCGUCCUCCGCCUCCUCCUCCUCCUCCUCCUCCUCCUCCUCGGCCUUGCCCGGGGCCAGCGUGGACACCACCAGCCCUGACCUGGGAUCCGGCUCCACUGUCUCGCACCGCUCCGCCAUGACUGUGACCACCCCAGGAAGCGCAAGCCCGCCCACCUCGUCCACCUCCACAGCCAGAUCUGCCACCACCCCUCAGGAGGACACGCGGACCAGUGCCCCCGGGACGCCGGCUACUGUACAGACCAGCCCCUUGCAGAAAACUGGCGCGCACACCGCCACGGCCUCCCUCACCGCCACAGUCAUGGCCACGGCCACCCCCGUGGCCACAGCCACGGAAAGCUCCUACCCCGAGGUAACCUCCCGGGGGACAGGGGCCACUCAGAUCCCCACCUCGGCACGGGCGUCCACUCUGGGACUCACCUCCACAGACGCACCGGGGCUCGCCACCUCCAGCGCGGGCACACCGCUCGGUCCAGCCGGCACCUCCAGCCCUGGGACCGCGCCUCAGCCGAGCUCCCCAGCCAGCAGCCCCCCGGACAGUCCCACCACCGCCCUGGCACCGGCCGACAGCUGGCACUUCACGGAUGGCCUUGCGGAAUCAACGCACACGCCGGAGUCGCUUCCCUCGGGCACAGCUUCUGGCAGCGUGACGGCCACACUAACGCCCCCUCUGCGGGAAGGCAGCCCUGGCCCCACCCAGGUGCCCACCAGCACCACCAGCUCCAGUGCUGCUGGGCCAUCCACUCCCCGAGGACACAGCACCCCCGAGACGGGUCCGCCAGCCUCCCUCCUCACCGUCACACCACAGCAGGGCUCAGCCUGGCCAACCACGGGUUCCCACCCCGCUGACACCUCAAACCCCACGUCCAUGCCCAGCACACCUUCCAGCGCACCCCCGGGGCCCGCCACCACCCUCACGCCAACCCUUCCCACGUCCCAGGACACGACCCGGGCCUCUCUGGAGGCCACCUCCGCGUUUGACCUCACCGGGCCGUCCCUGUCCCCCACGGCCCCCGCCACGGUGACCCCGUCGGCCUCCUGGCAGGACAGCCGGUCCACACCGGCACUCAUGGCGUCCUCACCGGGUGCAGGCUCGCCAGCCCACCCCCUUGCCACGGAGGCCACCGCCCACACGGUAUCCGGCCGAGCCACAGAGACCGGCACUGUCCUAGGGACGCCGACCAGGCCCUCUACCCCACCGGGCACAGCGUCCCCCGGGCUCUCCAGCACGGCCAGCUCCUCGUCCGGCACCAUGGCCCCUGCCCUGCCCAGUGGGUCCAGCACCGGGCCACCGGUGUCCACGGGAGCCGCCACCAGCUGGCCAGCUUCCUCCGGGCCACAGCCCCACUCUGCCGGACUGGCCGGGGAGCGCACCACCGCGCCUACUCACUUCUCUUCUGCCCCGGCCUGGACCUCGGCGUCCUCCGCCUCCUCCUCCUCCUCCUCCUCCUCCUCCUCCUCGGCCUUGCCCGGGGCCAGCGUGGACACCACCAGCCCUGACCUGGGAUCCGGCUCCACUGUCUCGCACCGCUCCGCCAUGACUGUGACCACCCCAGGAAGCGCAAGCCCGCCCAUCUCGUCCACCUCCACAGCCAGAUCUGCCACCACCCCUCAGGAGGACACGCGGACCAGUGCCCCCGGGACGCCGGCUACUGUACAGACCAGCCCCUUGCAGAAAACUGGCGCGCACACCGCCACGGCCUCCCUCACCGCCACAGUCAUGGCCACGGCCACCCCCGUGGCCACGGCCACGGAAAGCUCCUACCCCGAGGUAACCUCCCGGGGGACAGGGGCCACUCAGAUCCCCACCUCGGCACGGGCGUCCACUCUGGGACUCACCUCCACAGACGCACCGGGGCUCGCCACCUCCAGCGCGGGCACACCGCUCGGUCCAGCCGGCACCUCCAGCCCUGGGACCGCGCCUCAGCCGAGCUCCCCAGCCAGCAGCCCCCCGGACAGUCCCACCACCGCCCUGGCACCGGCCGACAGCUGGCACUUCACGGAUGGCCUUGCGGAAUCAACGCACACGCCGGAGUCGCUUCCCUCGGGCACAGCUUCUGGCAGCGUGACGGCCACACUAACGCCCCCUCUGCGGGAAGGCAGCCCUGGCCCCACCCAGGUGCCCACCAGCACCACCAGCUCCAGUGCUGCUGGGCCAUCCACUCCCCGAGGACACAGCACCCCCGAGACGGGUCCGCCAGCCUCCCUCCUCACCGUCACACCACAGCAGGGCUCAGCCUGGCCAACCACGGGUUCCCACCCCGCUGACACCUCAAACCCCACGUCCAUGCCCAGCACACCUUCCAGCGCACCCCCGGGGCCCGCCACCACCCUCACGCCAACCCUUCCCACGUCCCAGGACACGACCCGGGCCUCUCUGGAGGCCACCUCCGCGUUUGGCCUCACCGGGCCGUCCCUGUCCCCCACGGCCCCCGCCACGGUGACCCCGUCGGCCUCCUGGCAGGACAGCCGGUCCACACCGGCACUCAUGGCGUCCUCACCGGGUGCAGGCUCGCCAGCCCACCCCCUUGGCACGGAGGCCACCGCCCACACGGUAUCCGGCCGAGCCACAGAGACCGGCACUGUCCUAGGGACGCCGACCAGGCCCUCUACCCCACCGGGCACAGCGUCCCCCGGGCUCUCCAGCACGGCCAGCUCCUCGUCCGGCACCAUGGCCCCUGCCCUGCCCAGUGGGUCCAGCACCGGGCCACCGGUGUCCACGGGAGCCGCCACCAGCUGGCCAGCUUCCUCCGGGCCACAGCCCCACUCUGCCGGACUGGCCGGGGAGCGCACCACCGCGCCUACUCACUUCUCUUCUGCCCCGGCCUGGACCUCGGCGUCCUCCUCCUCCUCCUCCUCCUCCUCGGCCUUGCCCGGGGCCAGCGUGGACACCACCAGCCCUGACCUGGGAUCUGGCUCCACUGUCUCGCACCGCUCCGCCAUGACUGUGACCACCCCAGGAAGCGCAAGCCCGCCCACCUCGUCCACCUCCACAGCCAGAUCUGCCACCACCCCUCAGGAGGACACGCGGACCGGUGCCCCCGGGACGCCGGCUACUGUACAGACCAGCCCCUUGCAGAAAACUGGCGCGCACACCGCCACGGCCUCCCUCACCGCCACAGUCAUGGCCACGGCCACCCCCGUGGCCACAGCCACGGAAAGCUCCUACCCCGAGGUAACCUCCCGGGGGACAGGGGCCACUCAGAUCCCCACCUCGGCACGGGCGUCCACUCUGGGACUCACCUCCACAGACGCACCGGGGCUCGCCACCUCCAGCGCGGGCACACCGCUCGGUCCAGCCGGCACCUCCAGCCCUGGGACCGCGCCUCAGCCGAGCUCCCCAGCCAGCAGCCCCCCGGACAGUCCCACCACCGCCCUGGCACCGGCCGACAGCUGGCACUUCACGGAUGGCCUUGCGGAAUCAACGCACACGCCGGAGUCGCUUCCCUCGGGCACAGCUUCUGGCAGCGUGACGGCCACACUAACGCCCCCUCUGCGGGAAGGCAGCCCUGGCCCCACCCAGGUGCCCACCAGCACCACCAGCUCCAGUGCUGCUGGGCCAUCCACUCCCCGAGGACACAGCACCCCCGAGACGGGUCCGCCAGCCUCCCUCCUCACCGUCACACCACAGCAGGGCUCAGCCUGGCCAACCACGGGUUCCCACCCCGCUGACACCUCAAACCCCACGUCCAUGCCCAGCACACCUUCCAGCGCACCCCCGGGGCCCGCCACCACCCUCACGCCAACCCUUCCCACGUCCCAGGACACGACCCGGGCCUCUCUGGAGGCCACCUCCGCGUUUGGCCUCACCGGGCCGUCCCUGUCCCCCACGGCCCCCGCCACGGUGACCCCGUCGGCCUCCUGGCAGGACAGCCGGUCCACACCGGCACUCAUGGCGUCCUCACCGGGUGCAGGCUCGCCAGCCCACCCCCUUGGCACGGAGGCCACCGCCCACACGGUAUCCGGCCGAGCCACAGAGACCGGCACUGUCCUAGGGACGCCGACCAGGCCCUCUACCCCACCGGGCACAGCGUCCCCCGGGCUCUCCAGCACGGCCAGCUCCUCGUCCGGCACCAUGGCCCCUGCCCUGCCCAGUGGGUCCAGCACCGGGCCACCGGUGUCCACGGGAGCCGCCACCAGCUGGCCAGCUUCCUCCGAGCCACAGCCCCACUCUGCCGGACUGGCCGGGGAGCGCACCACCGCGCCUACUCACUUCUCUUCUGCCCCGGCCUGGACCUCGGCGUCCUCCGCCUCCUCCUCCUCCUCCUCCUCCUCCUCCUCGGCCUUGCCCGGGGCCAGCGUGGACACCACCAGCCCUGACCUGGGAUCCGGCUCCACUGUCUCGCACCGCUCCGCCAUGACUGUGACCACCCCAGGAAGCGCAAGCCCGCCCACCUCGUCCACCUCCACAGCCAGAUCUGCCACCACCCCUCAGGAGGACACGCGGACCAGUGCCCCCGGGACGCCGGCUACUGUACAGACCAGCCCCUUGCAGAAAACUGGCGCGCACACCGCCACGGCCUCCCUCACCGCCACAGUCAUGGCCACGGCCACCCCCGUGGCCACGGCCACGGAAAGCUCCUACCCCGAGGUAACCUCCCGGGGGACAGGGGCCACUCAGAUCCCCACCUCGGCACGGGCGUCCACUCUGGGACUCACCUCCACAGACGCACCGGGGCUCGCCACCUCCAGCGCGGGCACACCGCUCGGUCCAGCCGGCACCUCCAGCCCUGGGACCGCGCCUCAGCCGAGCUCCCCAGCCAGCAGCCCCCCGGACAGUCCCACCACCGCCCUGGCACCGGCCGACAGCUGGCACUUCACGGAUGGCCUUGCGGAAUCAACGCACACGCCGGAGUCGCUUCCCUCGGGCACAGCUUCUGGCAGCGUGACGGCCACACUAACGCCCCCUCUGCGGGAAGGCAGCCCUGGCCCCACCCAGGUGCCCACCAGCACCACCAGCUCCAGUGCUGCUGGGCCAUCCACUCCCCGAGGACACAGCACCCCCGAGACGGGUCCGCCAGCCUCCCUCCUCACCGUCACACCACAGCAGGGCUCAGCCUGGCCAACCACGGGUUCCCACCCCGCUGACACCUCAAACCCCACGUCCAUGCCCAGCACACCUUCCAGCGCACCCCCGGGGCCCGCCACCACCCUCACGCCAACCCUUCCCACGUCCCAGGACACGACCCGGGCCUCUCUGGAGGCCACCUCCGCGUUUGGCCUCACCGGGCCGUCCCUGUCCCCCACGGCCCCCGCCACGGUGACCCCGUCGGCCUCCUGGCAGGACAGCCGGUCCACACCGGCACUCAUGGCGUCCUCACCGGGUGCAGGCUCGCCAGCCCACCCCCUUGGCACGGAGGCCACCGCCCACACGGUAUCCGGCCGAGCCACAGAGACCGGCACUGUCCUAGGGACGCCGACCAGGCCCUCUACCCCACCGGGCACAGCGUCCCCCGGGCUCUCCAGCACGGCCAGCUCCUCGUCCGGCACCAUGGCCCCUGCCCUGCCCAGUGGGUCCAGCACCGGGCCACCGGUGUCCACGGGAGCCGCCACCAGCUGGCCAGCUUCCUCCGGGCCACAGCCCCACUCUGCCGGACUGGCCGGGGAGCGCACCACCGCGCCUACUCACUUCUCUUCUGCCCCGGCCUGGACCUCGGCGUCCUCCUCCUCCUCCUCCUCCUCCUCGGCCUUGCCCGGGGCCAGCGUGGACACCACCAGCCCUGACCUGGGAUCUGGCUCCACUGUCUCGCACCGCUCCGCCAUGACUGUGACCACCCCAGGAAGCGCAAGCCCGCCCACCUCGUCCACCUCCACAGCCAGAUCUGCCACCACCCCUCAGGAGGACACGCGGACCGGUGCCCCCGGGACGCCGGCUACUGUACAGACCAGCCCCUUGCAGAAAACUGGCGCGCACACCGCCACGGCCUCCCUCACCGCCACAGUCAUGGCCACGGCCACCCCCGUGGCCACAGCCACGGAAAGCUCCUACCCCGAGGUAACCUCCCGGGGGACAGGGGCCACUCAGAUCCCCACCUCGGCACGGGCGUCCACUCUGGGACUCACCUCCACAGACGCACCGGGGCUCGCCACCUCCAGCGCGGGCACACCGCUCGGUCCAGCCGGCACCUCCAGCCCUGGGACCGCGCCUCAGCCGAGCUCCCCAGCCAGCAGCCCCCCGGACAGUCCCACCACCGCCCUGGCACCGGCCGACAGCUGGCACUUCACGGAUGGCCUUGCGGAAUCAACGCACACGCCGGAGUCGCUUCCCUCGGGCACAGCUUCUGGCAGCGUGACGGCCACACUAACGCCCCCUCUGCGGGAAGGCAGCCCUGGCCCCACCCAGGUGCCCACCAGCACCACCAGCUCCAGUGCUGCUGGGCCAUCCACUCCCCGAGGACACAGCACCCCCGAGACGGGUCCGCCAGCCUCCCUCCUCACCGUCACACCACAGCAGGGCUCAGCCUGGCCAACCACGGGUUCCCACCCCGCUGACACCUCAAACCCCACGUCCAUGCCCAGCACACCUUCCAGCGCACCCCCGGGGCCCGCCACCACCCUCACGCCAACCCUUCCCACGUCCCAGGACACGACCCGGGCCUCUCUGGAGGCCACCUCCGCGUUUGGCCUCACCGGGCCGUCCCUGUCCCCCACGGCCCCCGCCACAGUGACGCCGUCGGCCUCCUGGCAGGACAGCCGGUCCACACCGGCACUCAUGGCGUCCUCACCGGGUGCAGGCUCGCCAGCCCACCCCCUUGCCACGGAGGCCACCGCCCACACGGUAUCCGGCCGAGCCACAGAGACCGGCACUGUCCUAGGGACGCCGACCAGGCCCUCUACCCCACCGGGCACAGCGUCCCCCGGGCUCUCCAGCACGGCCAGCUCCUCGUCCGGCACCAUGGCCCCUGCCCUGCCCAGUGGGUCCAGCACCGGGCCACCGGUGUCCACGGGAGCCGCCACCAGCUGGCCAGCUUCCUCCGGGCCACAGCCCCACUCUGCCGGACUGGCCGGGGAGCGCACCACCGCGCCUACUCACUUCUCUUCUGCCCCGGCCUGGACCUCGGCGUCCUCCGCCUCCUCCUCCUCCUCCUCCUCCUCCUCCUCGGCCUUGCCCGGGGCCAGCGUGGACACCACCAGCCCUGACCUGGGAUCCGGCUCCACUGUCUCGCACCGCUCCGCCAUGACUGUGACCACCCCAGGAAGCGCAAGCCCGCCCACCUCGUCCACCUCCACAGCCAGAUCUGCCACCACCCCUCAGGAGGACACGCGGACCAGUGCCCCCGGGACGCCGGCUACUGUACAGACCAGCCCCUUGCAGAAAACUGGCGCGCACACCGCCACGGCCUCCCUCACCGCCACAGUCAUGGCCACGGCCACCCCCGUGGCCACAGCCACGGAAAGCUCCUACCCCGAGGUAACCUCCCGGGGGACAGGGGCCACUCAGAUCCCCACCUCGGCACGGGCGUCCACUCUGGGACUCACCUCCACAGACGCACCGGGGCUCGCCACCUCCAGCGCGGGCACACCGCUCGGUCCAGCCGGCACCUCCAGCCCUGGGACCGCGCCUCAGCCGAGCUCCCCAGCCAGCAGCCCCCCGGACAGUCCCACCACCGCCCUGGCACCGGCCGACAGCUGGCACUUCACGGAUGGCCUUGCGGAAUCAACGCACACGCCGGAGUCGCUUCCCUCGGGCACAGCUUCUGGCAGCGUGACGGCCACACUAACGCCCCCUCUGCGGGAAGGCAGCCCUGGCCCCACCCAGGUGCCCACCAGCACCACCAGCUCCAGUGCUGCUGGGCCAUCCACUCCCCGAGGACACAGCACCCCCGAGACGGGUCCGCCAGCCUCCCUCCUCACCGUCACACCACAGCAGGGCUCAGCCUGGCCAACCACGGGUUCCCACCCCGCUGACACCUCAAACCCCACGUCCAUGCCCAGCACACCUUCCAGCGCACCCCCGGGGCCCGCCACCACCCUCACGCCAACCCUUCCCACGUCCCAGGACACGACCCGGGCCUCUCUGGAGGCCACCUCCGCGUUUGACCUCACCGGGCCGUCCCUGUCCCCCACGGCCCCCGCCACGGUGACCCCGUCGGCCUCCUGGCAGGACAGCCGGUCCACACCGCCACUCAUGGCGUCCUCACCGGGUGCAGGCUCGCCAGCCCACCCCCUUGCCACGGAGGCCACCGCCCACACGGUAUCCGGCCGAGCCACAGAGACCGGCACUGUCCUAGGGACGCCGACCAGGCCCUCUACCCCACCGGGAACAGCGUCCCCCGGGCUCUCCAGCACGGCCAGCUCCUCGUCCGGCACCAUGGCCCCUGCCCUGCCCAGUGGGUCCAGCACCGGGCCACCGGUGUCCACGGGAGCCGCCACCAGCUGGCCAGCUUCCUCCGGGCCACAGCCCCACUCUGCCGGACUGGCCGGGGAGCGCACCACCGCGCCUACUCACUUCUCUUCUGCCCCGGCCUGGACCUCGGCGUCCUCCGCCUCCUCCUCCUCCUCCUCCUCCUCCUCCUCCUCGGCCUUGCCCGGGGCCAGCGUGGACACCACCAGCCCUGACCUGGGAUCCGGCUCCACUGUCUCGCACCGCUCCGCCAUGACUGUGACCACCCCAGGAAGCGCAAGCCCGCCCACCUCGUCCACCUCCACAGCCAGAUCUGCCACCACCCCUCAGGAGGACACGCGGACCAGUGCCCCCGGGACGCCGGCUACUGUACAGACCAGCCCCUUGCAGAAAACUGGCGCGCACACCGCCACGGCCUCCCUCACCGCCACAGUCAUGGCCACGGCCACCCCCGUGGCCACAGCCACGGAAAGCUCCUACCCCGAGGUAACCUCCCGGGGGACAGGGGCCACUCAGAUCCCCACCUCGGCACGGGCGUCCACUCUGGGACUCACCUCCACAGACGCACCGGGGCUCGCCACCUCCAGCGCGGGCACACCGCUCGGUCCAGCCGGCACCUCCAGCCCUGGGACCGCGCCUCAGCCGAGCUCCCCAGCCAGCAGCCCCCCGGACAGUCCCACCACCGCCCUGGCACCGGCCGACAGCUGGCACUUCACGGAUGGCCUUGCGGAAUCAACGCACACGCCGGAGUCGCUUCCCUCGGGCACAGCUUCUGGCAGCGUGACGGCCACACUAACGCCCCCUCUGCGGGAAGGCAGCCCUGGCCCCACCCAGGUGCCCACCAGCACCACCAGCUCCAGUGCUGCUGGGCCAUCCACUCCCCGAGGACACAGCACCCCCGAGACGGGUCCGCCAGCCUCCCUCCUCACCGUCACACCACAGCAGGGCUCAGCCUGGCCAACCACGGGUUCCCACCCCGCUGACACCUCAAACCCCACGUCCAUGCCCAGCACACCUUCCAGCGCACCCCCGGGGCCCGCCACCACCCUCACGCCAACCCUUCCCACGUCCCAGGACACGACCCGGGCCUCUCUGGAGGCCACCUCCGCGUUUGGCCUCACCGGGCCGUCCCUGUCCCCCACGGCCCCCGCCACGGUGACCCCGUCGGCCUCCUGGCAGGACAGCCGGUCCACACCGGCACUCAUGGCGUCCUCACCGGGUGCAGGCUCGCCAGCCCACCCCCUUGCCACGGAGGCCACCGCCCACACGGUAUCCGGCCGAGCCACAGAGACCGGCACUGUCCUAGGGACGCCGACCAGGCCCUCUACCCCACCGGGCACAGCGUCCCCCGGGCUCUCCAGCACGGCCAGCUCCUCGUCCGGCACCAUGGCCCCUGCCCUGCCCAGUGGGUCCAGCACCGGGCCACCGGUGUCCACGGGAGCCGCCACCAGCUGGCCAGCUUCCUCCGGGCCACAGCCCCACUCUGCCGGACUGGCCGGGGAGCGCACCACCGCGCCUACUCACUUCUCUUCUGCCCCGGCCUGGACCUCGGCGUCCUCCGCCUCCUCCUCCUCCUCCUCCUCCUCCUCCUCGGCCUUGCCCGGGGCCAGCGUGGACACCACCAGCCCUGACCUGGGAUCCGGCUCCACUGUCUCGCACCGCUCCGCCAUGACUGUGACCACCCCAGGAAGCGCAAGCCCGCCCACCUCGUCCACCUCCACAGCCAGAUCUGCCACCACCCCUCAGGAGGACACGCGGACCAGUGCCCCCGGGACGCCGGCUACUGUACAGACCAGCCCCUUGCAGAAAACUGGCGCGCACACCGCCACGGCCUCCCUCACCGCCACAGUCAUGGCCACGGCCACCCCCGUGGCCACGGCCACGGAAAGCUCCUACCCCGAGGUAACCUCCCGGGGGACAGGGGCCACUCAGAUCCCCACCUCGGCACGGGCGUCCACUCUGGGACUCACCUCCACAGACGCACCGGGGCUCGCCACCUCCAGCGCGGGCACACCGCUCGGUCCAGCCGGCACCUCCAGCCCUGGGACCGCGCCUCAGCCGAGCUCCCCAGCCAGCAGCCCCCCGGACAGUCCCACCACCGCCCUGGCACCGGCCGACAGCUGGCACUUCACGGAUGGCCUUGCGGAAUCAACGCACACGCCGGAGUCGCUUCCCUCGGGCACAGCUUCUGGCAGCGUGACGGCCACACUAACGCCCCCUCUGCGGGAAGGCAGCCCUGGCCCCACCCAGGUGCCCACCAGCACCACCAGCUCCAGUGCUGCUGGGCCAUCCACUCCCCGAGGACACAGCACCCCCGAGACGGGUCCGCCAGCCUCCCUCCUCACCGUCACACCACAGCAGGGCUCAGCCUGGCCAACCACGGGUUCCCACCCCGCUGACACCUCAAACCCCACGUCCAUGCCCAGCACACCUUCCAGCGCACCCCCGGGGCCCGCCACCACCCUCACGCCAACCCUUCCCACGUCCCAGGACACGACCCGGGCCUCUCUGGAGGCCACCUCCGCGUUUGACCUCACCGGGCCGUCCCUGUCCCCCACGGCCCCCGCCACGGUGACCCCGUCGGCCUCCUGGCAGGACAGCCGGUCCACACCGGCACUCAUGGCGUCCUCACCGGGUGCAGGCUCGCCAGCCCACCCCCUUGCCACGGAGGCCACCGCCCACACGGUAUCCGGCCGAGCCACAGAGACCGGCACUGUCCUAGGGACGCCGACCAGGCCCUCUACCCCACCGGGCACAGCGUCCCCCGGGCUCUCCAGCACGGCCAGCUCCUCGUCCGGCACCAUGGCCCCUGCCCUGCCCAGUGGGUCCAGCACCGGGCCACCGGUGUCCACGGGAGCCGCCACCAGCUGGCCAGCUUCCUCCGGGCCACAGCCCCACUCUGCCGGACUGGCCGGGGAGCGCACCACCGCGCCUACUCACUUCUCUUCUACCCCGGCCUGGACCUCGGCGUCCUCCGCCUCCUCCUCCUCCUCCUCCUCCUCCUCCUCCUCGGCCUUGCCCGGGGCCAGCGUGGACACCACCAGCCCUGACCUGGGAUCUGGCUCCACUGUCUCGCACCGCUCCGCCAUGACUGUGACCACCCCAGGAAGCGCAAGCCCGCCCAUCUCGUCCACCUCCACAGCCAGAUCUGCCACCACCCCUCAGGAGGACACGCAGACCAGUGCCCCCGGGACACCGGCUACUGUACAGACCAGCCCCUUGCAGAAAACUGGCGCGCACACCGCCACGGCCUCCCUCACCGCCACAGUCAUGGCCACGGCCACCCCCGUGGCCACAGCCACGGAAAGCUCCUACCCCGAGGUAACCUCCCGGGGGACAGGGGCCACUCAGAUCCCCACCUCGGCACGGGCGUCCACUCUGGGACUCACCUCCACAGACGCACCGGGGCUCGCCACCUCCAGCGCGGGCACACCGCUCGGUCCAGCCGGCACCUCCAGCCCUGGGACCGCGCCUCAGCCGAGCUCCCCAGCCAGCAGCCCCCCGGACAGUCCCACCACCGCCCUGGCACCGGCCGACAGCUGGCACUUCACGGAUGGCCUUGCGGAAUCAACGCACACGCCGGAGUCGCUUCCCUCGGGCACAGCUUCUGGCAGCGUGACGGCCACACUAACGCCCCCUCUGCGGGAAGGCAGCCCUGGCCCCACCCAGGUGCCCACCACCACCACCAGCUCCAGUGCUGCUGGGCCAUCCACUCCCCGAGGACACAGCACCCCCGAGACGGGUCCGCCAGCCUCCCUCCUCACCGUCACACCACAGCAGGGCUCAGCCUGGCCAACCACGGGUUCCCACCCCGCUGACACCUCAAACCCCACGUCCAUGCCCAGCACACCUUCCAGCGCACCCCCAGGGCCCGCCACCACCCUCACGCCAACCCUUCCCACGUCCCAGGACACGACCCGGGCCUCUCUGGAGGCCACCUCCGCGUUUGACCUCACCGGGCCGUCCCUGUCCCCCACGGCCCCCGCCACGGUGACCCCGUCGGCCUCCUGGCAGGACAGCCGGUCCACACCGGCAAUCAUGGCGUCCUCACCGGGUGCAGGCUCGCCAGCCCACCCCCUUGCCACGGAGGCCACCGCCCACACGGUAUCCGGCCGAGCCACAGAGACCGGCACUGUCCUAGGGACGCCGACCAGGCCCUCUACCCCACCGGGCACAGCAUCCCCCGGGCUCUCCAGCACGGCCAGCUCCUCGUCCGGCACCAUGGCCCCUGCCCUGCCCAGUGGGUCCAGCACCGGGCCACCGGUGUCCACGGGAGCCGCCACCAGCUGGCCAGCUUCCUCCGGGCCACAGCCCCACUCUGCCGGACUGGCCGGGGAGCGCACCACCGCGCCUACUCACUUCUCUUCUGCCCCGGCCUGGACCUCGGCGUCCUCCUCCUCCUCCUCCUCCUCCUCGGCCUUGCCCGGGGCCAGCGUGGACACCACCAGCCCUGACCUGGGAUCUGGCUCCACUGUCUCGCACCGCUCCGCCAUGACUGUGACCACCCCAGGAAGCGCAAGCCCGCCCACCUCGUCCACCUCCACAGCCAGAUCUGCCACCACCCCUCAGGAGGACACGCGGACCGGUGCCCCCGGGACGCCGGCUACUGUACAGACCAGCCCCUUGCAGAAAACUGGCGCGCACACCGCCACGGCCUCCCUCACCGCCACAGUCAUGGCCACGGCCACCCCCGUGGCCACAGCCACGGAAAGCUCCUACCCCGAGGUAACCUCCCGGGGGACAGGGGCCACUCAGAUCCCCACCUCGGCACGGGCGUCCACUCUGGGACUCACCUCCACAGACGCACCGGGGCUCGCCACCUCCAGCGCGGGCACACCGCUCGGUCCAGCCGGCACCUCCAGCCCUGGGACCGCGCCUCAGCCGAGCUCCCCAGCCAGCAGCCCCCCGGACAGUCCCACCACCGCCCUGGCACCGGCCGACAGCUGGCACUUCACGGAUGGCCUUGCGGAAUCAACGCACACGCCGGAGUCGCUUCCCUCGGGCACAGCUUCUGGCAGCGUGACGGCCACACUAACGCCCCCUCUGCGGGAAGGCAGCCCUGGCCCCACCCAGGUGCCCACCACCACCACCAGCUCCAGUGCUGCUGGGCCAUCCACUCCCCGAGGACACAGCACCCCCGAGACGGGUCCGCCAGCCUCCCUCCUCACCGUCACACCACAGCAGGGCUCAGCCUGGCCAACCACGGGUUCCCACCCCGCUGACACCUCAAACCCCACGUCCAUGCCCAGCACACCUUCCAGCGCACCCCCGGGGCCCGCCACCACCCUCACGCCAACCCUUCCCACGUCCCAGGACACGACCCGGGCCUCUCUGGAGGCCACCUCCGCGUUUGGCCUCACCGGGCCGUCCCUGUCCCCCACGGCCCCCGCCACGGUGACCCCGUCGGCCUCCUGGCAGGACAGCCGGUCCACACCGGCACUCAUGGCGUCCUCACCGGGUGCAGGCUCGCCAGCCCACCCCCUUGCCACGGAGGCCACCGCCCACACGGUAUCCGGCCGAGCCACAGAGACCGGCACUGUCCUAGGGACGCCGACCAGGCCCUCUACCCCACCGGGCACAGCGUCCCCCGGGCUCUCCAGCACGGCCAGCUCCUCGUCCGGCACCAUGGCCCCUGCCCUGCCCAGUGGGUCCAGCACCGGGCCACCGGUGUCCACGGGAGCCGCCACCAGCUGGCCAGCUUCCUCCGGGCCACAGCCCCACUCUGCCGGACUGGCCGGGGAGCGCACCACCGCGCCUACUCACUUCUCUUCUGCCCCGGCCUGGACCUCGGCGUCCUCCUCCUCCUCCUCCUCCUCCUCAGCCUUGCCCGGGGCCAGCGUGGACACCACCAGCCCUGACCUGGGAUCUGGCUCCACUGUCUCGCACCGCUCCGCCAUGACUGUGACCACCCCAGGAAGCGCAAGCCCGCCCACCUCGUCCACCUCCACAGCCAGAUCUGCCACCACCCCUCAGGAGGACACGCGGACCAGUGCCCCCGGGACGCCGGCUACUGUACAGACCAGCCCCUUGCAGAAAACUGGCGCGCACACCGCCACGGCCUCCCUCACCGCCACAGUCAUGGCCACGGCCACCCCCGUGGCCACAGCCACGGAAAGCUCCUACCCCGAGGUAACCUCCCGGGGGACAGGGGCCACUCAGAUCCCCACCUCGGCACGGGCGUCCACUCUGGGACUCACCUCCACAGACGCACCGGGGCUCGCCACCUCCAGCGCGGGCACACCGCUCGGUCCAGCCGGCACCUCCAGCCCUGGGACCGCGCCUCAGCCGAGCUCCCCAGCCAGCAGCCCCCCGGACAGUCCCACCACCGCCCUGGCACCGGCCGACAGCUGGCACUUCACGGAUGGCCUUGCGGAAUCAACGCACACGCCGGAGUCGCUUCCCUCGGGCACAGCUUCUGGCAGCGUGACGGCCACACUAACGCCCCCUCUGCGGGAAGGCAGCCCUGGCCCCACCCAGGUGCCCACCACCACCACCAGCUCCAGUGCUGCUGGGCCAUCCACUCCCCGAGGACACAGCACCCCCGAGACGGGUCCGCCAGCCUCCCUCCUCACCGUCACACCACAGCAGGGCUCAGCCUGGCCAACCACGGGUUCCCACCCCGCUGACACCUCAAACCCCACGUCCAUGCCCAGCACACCUUCCAGCGCACCCCCGGGGCCCGCCACCACCCUCACGCCAACCGUUCCCACGUCCCAGGACACGACCCGGGCCUCUCUGGAGGCCACCUCCGCGUUUGGCCUCACCGGGCCGUCCCUGUCCCCCACGGCCCCCGCCACAGUGACCCCGUCGGCCUCCUGGCAGGACAGCCGGUCCACACCGGCACUCAUGGCGUCCUCACCGGGUGCAGGCUCGCCAGCCCACCCCCUUGCCACGGAGGCCACCGCCCACACGGUAUCCGGCCGAGCCACAGAGACCGGCACUGUCCUAGGGACGCCGACCAGGCCCUCUACCCCACCGGGCACAGCGUCCCCCGGGCUCUCCAGCACGGCCAGCUCCUCGUCCGGCACCAUGGCCCCUGCCCUGCCCAGUGGGUCCAGCACCGGGCCACCGGUGUCCACGGGAGCCGCCACCAGCUGGCCAGCUUCCUCCGGGCCACAGCCCCACUCUGCCGGACUGGCCGGGGAGCGCACCACCGCGCCUACUCACUUCUCUUCUGCCCCGGCCUGGACCUCGGCGUCCUCCUCCUCCUCCUCCUCCUCCUCAGCCUUGCCCGGGGCCAGCGUGGACACCACCAGCCCUGACCUGGGAUCUGGCUCCACUGUCUCGCACCGCUCCGCCAUGACUGUGACCACCCCAGGAAGCGCAAGCCCGCCCACCUCGUCCACCUCCACAGCCAGAUCUGCCACCACCCCUCAGGAGGACACGCGGACCAGUGCCCCCGGGACGCCGGCUACUGUACAGACCAGCCCCUUGCAGAAAACUGGCGCGCACACCGCCACGGCCUCCCUCACCGCCACAGUCAUGGCCACGGCCACCCCCGUGGCCACAGCCACGGAAAGCUCCUACCCCGAGGUAACCUCCCGGGGGACAGGGGCCACUCAGAUCCCCACCUCGGCACGGGCGUCCACUCUGGGACUCACCUCCACAGACGCACCGGGGCUCGCCACCUCCAGCGCGGGCACACCGCUCGGUCCAGCCGGCACCUCCAGCCCUGGGACCGCGCCUCAGCCGAGCUCCCCAGCCAGCAGCCCCCCGGACAGUCCCACCACCGCCCUGGCACCGGCCGACAGCUGGCACUUCACGGAUGGCCUUGCGGAAUCAACGCACACGCCGGAGUCGCUUCCCUCGGGCACAGCUUCUGGCAGCGUGACGGCCACACUAACGCCCCCUCUGCGGGAAGGCAGCCCUGGCCCCACCCAGGUGCCCACCACCACCACCAGCUCCAGUGCUGCUGGGCCAUCCACUCCCCGAGGACACAGCACCCCCGAGACGGGUCCGCCAGCCUCCCUCCUCACCGUCACACCACAGCAGGGCUCAGCCUGGCCAACCACGGGUUCCCACCCCGCUGACACCUCAAACCCCACGUCCAUGCCCAGCACACCUUCCAGCGCACCCCCGGGGCCCGCCACCACCCUCACGCCAACCCUUCCCACGUCCCAGGACACGACCCGGGCCUCUCUGGAGGCCACCUCCGCGUUUGGCCUCACCGGGCCGUCCCUGUCCCCCACGGCCCCCGCCACGGUGACCCCGUCGGCCUCCUGGCAGGACAGCCGGUCCACACCGGCACUCAUGGCGUCCUCACCGGGUGCAGGCUCGCCAGCCCACCCCCUUGCCACGGAGGCCACCGCCCACACGGUAUCCGGCCGAGCCACAGAGACCGGCACUGUCCUAGGGACGCCGACCAGGCCCUCUACCCCACCGGGCACAGCGUCCCCCGGGCUCUCCAGCACGGCCAGCUCCUCGUCCGGCACCAUGGCCCCUGCCCUGCCCAGUGGGUCCAGCACCGGGCCACCGGUGUCCACGGGAGCCGCCACCAGCUGGCCAGCUUCCUCCGGGCCACAGCCCCACUCUGCCGGACUGGCCGGGGAGCGCACCACCGCGCCUACUCACUUCUCUUCUGCCCCGGCCUGGACCUCGGCGUCCUCCUCCUCCUCCUCCUCCUCCUCAGCCUUGCCCGGGGCCAGCGUGGACACCACCAGCCCUGACCUGGGAUCUGGCUCCACUGUCUCGCACCGCUCCGCCAUGACUGUGACCACCCCAGGAAGCGCAAGCCCGCCCACCUCGUCCACCUCCACAGCCAGAUCUGCCACCACCCCUCAGGAGGACACGCGGACCAGUGCCCCCGGGACGCCGGCUACUGUACAGACCAGCCCCUUGCAGAAAACUGGCGCGCACACCGCCACGGCCUCCCUCACCGCCACAGUCAUGGCCACGGCCACCCCCGUGGCCACAGCCACGGAAAGCUCCUACCCCGAGGUAACCUCCCGGGGGACAGGGGCCACUCAGAUCCCCACCUCGGCACGGGCGUCCACUCUGGGACUCACCUCCACAGACGCACCGGGGCUCGCCACCUCCAGCGCGGGCACACCGCUCGGUCCAGCCGGCACCUCCAGCCCUGGGACCGCGCCUCAGCCGAGCUCCCCAGCCAGCAGCCCCCCGGACAGUCCCACCACCGCCCUGGCACCGGCCGACAGCUGGCACUUCACGGAUGGCCUUGCGGAAUCAACGCACACGCCGGAGUCGCUUCCCUCGGGCACAGCUUCUGGCAGCGUGACGGCCACACUAACGCCCCCUCUGCGGGAAGGCAGCCCUGGCCCCACCCAGGUGCCCACCACCACCACCAGCUCCAGUGCUGCUGGGCCAUCCACUCCCCGAGGACACAGCACCCCCGAGACGGGUCCGCCAGCCUCCCUCCUCACCGUCACACCACAGCAGGGCUCAGCCUGGCCAACCACGGGUUCCCACCCCGCUGACACCUCAAACCCCACGUCCAUGCCCAGCACACCUUCCAGCGCACCCCCGGGGCCCGCCACCACCCUCACGCCAACCCUUCCCACGUCCCAGGACACGACCCGGGCCUCUCUGGAGGCCACCUCCGCGUUUGGCCUCACCGGGCCGUCCCUGUCCCCCACGGCCCCCGCCACGGUGACCCCGUCGGCCUCCUGGCAGGACAGCCGGUCCACACCGGCACUCAUGGCGUCCUCACCGGGUGCAGGCUCGCCAGCCCACCCCCUUGCCACGGAGGCCACCGCCCACACGGUAUCCGGCCGAGCCACAGAGACCGGCACUGUCCUAGGGACGCCGACCAGGCCCUCUACCCCACCGGGCACAGCGUCCCCCGGGCUCUCCAGCACGGCCAGCUCCUCGUCCGGCACCAUGGCCCCUGCCCUGCCCAGUGGGUCCAGCACCGGGCCACCGGUGUCCACGGGAGCCGCCACCAGCUGGCCAGCUUCCUCCGGGCCACAGCCCCACUCUGCCGGACUGGCCGGGGAGCGCACCACCGCGCCUACUCACUUCUCUUCUGCCCCGGCCUGGACCUCGGCGUCCUCCUCCUCCUCCUCCUCCUCCUCAGCCUUGCCCGGGGCCAGCGUGGACACCACCAGCCCUGACCUGGGAUCUGGCUCCACUGUCUCGCACCGCUCCGCCAUGACUGUGACCACCCCAGGAAGCGCAAGCCCGCCCACCUCGUCCACCUCCACAGCCAGAUCUGCCACCACCCCUCAGGAGGACACGCGGACCAGUGCCCCCGGGACGCCGGCUACUGUACAGACCAGCCCCUUGCAGAAAACUGGCGCGCACACCGCCACGGCCUCCCUCACCGCCACAGUCAUGGCCACGGCCACCCCCGUGGCCACAGCCACGGAAAGCUCCUACCCCGAGGUAACCUCCCGGGGGACAGGGGCCACUCAGAUCCCCACCUCGGCACGGGCGUCCACUCUGGGACUCACCUCCACAGACGCACCGGGGCUCGCCACCUCCAGCGCGGGCACACCGCUCGGUCCAGCCGGCACCUCCAGCCCUGGGACCGCGCCUCAGCCGAGCUCCCCAGCCAGCAGCCCCCCGGACAGUCCCACCACCGCCCUGGCACCGGCCGACAGCUGGCACUUCACGGAUGGCCUUGCGGAAUCAACGCACACGCCGGAGUCGCUUCCCUCGGGCACAGCUUCUGGCAGCGUGACGGCCACACUAACGCCCCCUCUGCGGGAAGGCAGCCCUGGCCCCACCCAGGUGCCCACCACCACCACCAGCUCCAGUGCUGCUGGGCCAUCCACUCCCCGAGGACACAGCACCCCCGAGACGGGUCCGCCAGCCUCCCUCCUCACCGUCACACCACAGCAGGGCUCAGCCUGGCCAACCACGGGUUCCCACCCCGCUGACACCUCAAACCCCACGUCCAUGCCCAGCACACCUUCCAGCGCACCCCCGGGGCCCGCCACCACCCUCACGCCAACCCUUCCCACGUCCCAGGACACGACCCGGGCCUCUCUGGAGGCCACCUCCGCGUUUGGCCUCACCGGGCCGUCCCUGUCCCCCACGGCCCCCGCCACGGUGACCCCGUCGGCCUCCUGGCAGGACAGCCGGUCCACACCGGCACUCAUGGCGUCCUCACCGGGUGCAGGCUCGCCAGCCCACCCCCUUGCCACGGAGGCCACCGCCCACACGGUAUCCGGCCGAGCCACAGAGACCGGCACUGUCCUAGGGACGCCGACCAGGCCCUCUACCCCACCGGGCACAGCGUCCCCCGGGCUCUCCAGCACGGCCAGCUCCUCGUCCGGCACCAUGGCCCCUGCCCUGCCCAGUGGGUCCAGCACCGGGCCACCGGUGUCCACGGGAGCCGCCACCAGCUGGCCAGCUUCCUCCGGGCCACAGCCCCACUCUGCCGGACUGGCCGGGGAGCGCACCACCGCGCCUACUCACUUCUCUUCUGCCCCGGCCUGGACCUCGGCAUCCUCCUCCUCCUCCUCCUCCUCCUCAGCCUUGCCCGGGGCCAGCGUGGACACCACCAGCCCUGACCUGGGAUCUGGCUCCACUGUCUCGCACCGCUCCGCCAUGACUGUGACCACCCCAGGAAGCGCAAGCCCGCCCACCUCGUCCACCUCCACAGCCAGAUCUGCCACCACCCCUCAGGAGGACACGCGGACCAGUGCCCCCGGGACGCCGGCUACUGUACAGACCAGCCCCUUGCAGAAAACUGGCGCGCACACCGCCACGGCCUCCCUCACCGCCACAGUCAUGGCCACGGCCACCCCCGUGGCCACAGCCACGGAAAGCUCCUACCCCGAGGUAACCUCCCGGGGGACAGGGGCCACUCAGAUCCCCACCUCGGCACGGGCGUCCACUCUGGGACUCACCUCCACAGACGCACCGGGGCUCGCCACCUCCAGCGCGGGCACACCGCUCGGUCCAGCCGGCACCUCCAGCCCUGGGACCGCGCCUCAGCCGAGCUCCCCAGCCAGCAGCCCCCCGGACAGUCCCACCACCGCCCUGGCACCGGCCGACAGCUGGCACUUCACGGAUGGCCUUGCGGAAUCAACGCACACGCCGGAGUCGCUUCCCUCGGGCACAGCUUCUGGCAGCGUGACGGCCACACUAACGCCCCCUCUGCGGGAAGGCAGCCCUGGCCCCACCCAGGUGCCCACCACCACCACCAGCUCCAGUGCUGCUGGGCCAUCCACUCCCCGAGGACACAGCACCCCCGAGACGGGUCCGCCAGCCUCCCUCCUCACCGUCACACCACAGCAGGGCUCAGCCUGGCCAACCACGGGUUCCCACCCCGCUGACACCUCAAACCCCACGUCCAUGCCCAGCACACCUUCCAGCGCACCCCCGGGGCCCGCCACCACCCUCGCGCCAACCCUUCCCAUGUCCCACUACACGACCCGGGCCUCUCUGGAGGCCACCUCCGCGUUUGGCCUCACCGGGCCGUCCCUGUCCCCCACGGCCCCCGCCACGGUGACCCCGUCGGCCUCCUGGCAGGACAGCCGGUCCACACCGGCACUCAUGGCGUCCUCACCGGGUGCAGGCUCGCCAGCCCACCCCCUUGCCACGGAGGCCACCGCCCACACGGUAUCCGGCCGAGCCACAGAGACCGGCACUGUCCUAGGGACGCCGACCAGGCCCUCUACCCCACCGGGCACAGCGUCCCCCGGGCUCUCCAGCACGGUCAGCUCCUCGUCCGGCACCAUGGCCCCUGCCCUGCCCAGUGGGUCCAGCACCGGGCCACCGGUGUCCACGGGAGCCGCCACCAGCUGCGUGGACACCACCAGCCCUGACCUGGGAUCCGGCUCCACUGUCUCGCACCGCUCCGCCAUGACUGUGACCACCCCAGCAAGCGCAAGCCCGCCCACCUCGUCCACCUCCACAGCCAGAUCUGCCACCACCCCUCAGGAGGACACGCGGACCAGUGCCCCCGGGACGCCGGCUACUGUACAGACCAGCCCCUUGCAGAAAACUGGCGCGCACACCGCCACGGCCUCCCUCACCGCCACAGUCAUGGCCACGGCCACCCCCGUGGCCACAGCCACGGAAAGCUCCUACCCCGAGGUAACCUCCCGGGGGACAGGGGCCACUCAGAUCCCCACCUCGGCACGGGCGUCCACUCUGGGACUCACCUCCACAGACGCACCGGGGCUCGCCACCUCCAGCGCGGGCACACCGCUCGGUCCAGCCGGCACCUCCAGCCCUGGGACCGCGCCUCAGCCGAGCUCCCCAGCCAGCAGCCCCCCGGACAGUCCCACCACCGCCCUGGCACCGGCCGACAGCUGGCACUUCACGGAUGGCCUUGCGGAAUCAACGCACACGCCGGAGUCGCUUCCCUCGGGCACAGCUUCUGGCAGCGUGACGGCCACACUAACGCCCCCUCUGCGGGAAGGCAGCCCUGGCCCCACCCAGGUGCCCACCACCACCACCAGCUCCAGUGCUGCUGGGCCAUCCACUCCCCGAGGACACAGCACCCCCGAGACGGGUCCGCCAGCCUCCCUCCUCACCGUCACACCACAGCAGGGCUCAGCCUGGCCAACCACGGGUUCCCACCCCGCUGACACCUCAAACCCCACGUCCAUGCCCAGCACACCUUCCAGCGCACCCCCGGGGCCCGCCACCACCCUCACGCCAACCCUUCCCACGUCCCAGGACACGACCCGGGCCUCUCUGGAGGCCACCUCCGCGUUUGGCCUCACCGGGCCGUCCCUGUCCCCCACGGCCCCCGCCACGGUGACCCCGUCGGCCUCCUGGCAGGACAGCCGGUCCACACCGGCACUCAUGGCGUCCUCACCGGGUGCAGGCUCGCCAGCCCACCCCCUUGCCACGGAGGCCACCGCCCACACGGUAUCCGGCCGAGCCACAGAGACCGGCACUGUCCUAGGGACGCCGACCAGGCCCUCUACCCCACCGGGCACAGCGUCCCCCGGGCUCUCCAGCACGGCCAGCUCCUCGUCCGGCACCAUGGCCCCUGCCCUGCCCAGUGGGUCCAGCACCGGGCCACCGGUGUCCACGGGAGCCGCCACCAGCUGGCCAGCUUCCUCCGGGCCACAGCCCCACUCUGCCGGACUGGCCGGGGAGCGCACCACCGCGCCUACUCACUUCUCUUCUGCCCAGGCCUGGACCUCGGCGUCCUCCUCCUCCUCCUCCUCCUCCUCAGCCUUGCCCGGGGCCAGCGUGGACACCACCAGCCCUGACCUGGGAUCUGGCUCCACUGUCUCGCACCGCUCCGCCAUGACUGUGACCACCCCAGGAAGCGCAAGCCCGCCCACCUCGUCCACCUCCACAGCCAGAUCUGCCACCACCCCUCAGGAGGACACGCGGACCAGUGCCCCCGGGACGCCGGCUACUGUACAGACCAGCCCCUUGCAGAAAACUGGCGCGCACACCGCCACGGCCUCCCUCACCGCCACAGUCAUGGCCACGGCCACCCCCGUGGCCACAGCCACGGAAAGCUCCUACCCCGAGGUAACCUCCCGGGGGACAGGGGCCACUCAGAUCCCCACCUCGGCACGGGCGUCCACUCUGGGACUCACCUCCACAGACGCACCGGGGCUCGCCACCUCCAGCGCGGGCACACCGCUCGGUCCAGCCGGCACCUCCAGCCCUGGGACCGCGCCUCAGCCGAGCUCCCCAGCCAGCAGCCCCCCGGACAGUCCCACCACCGCCCUGGCACCGGCCGACAGCUGGCACUUCACGGAUGGCCUUGCGGAAUCAACGCACACACCGGAGUCGCUUCCCUCGGGCACAGCUUCUGGCAGCGUGACGGCCACACUAACGCCCCCUCUGCGGGAAGGCAGCCCUGGCCCCACCCAGGUGCCCACCAGCACCACCAGCUCCAGUGCUGCUGGGCCAUCCACUCCCCGAGGACACAGCACCCCCGAGACGGGUCCGCCAGCCUCCCUCCUCACCAUCACACCACAGCAGGGCUCAGCCUGGCCAACCACGGGUUCCCACCCCACUGACACCUCAAACCCCACGUCCAUGCCCAGCACACCUUCCAGCGCACCCCCGGGGCCCGCCACCACCCUCGCGCCAACCCUUCCCAUGUCCCACUACUCGACCCGGGCCUCUCUGGAGGCCACCUCCGCGUUUGGCCUCACCGGGCCGUCCCUGUCCCCCACGGCCCCCGCCACCGUGACCCCGUCGGCCUCCUGGCAGGACAGCCGGUCCACACCGGCACUCAUGGCAUCCUCAACGGGUGCAGGCUCGCCAGCCCACACCCUUGCCACGGAGGCCACCGCCCACACGGUAUCCGGCCGAGCCACAGAGACUGGCACUGUCCUUGGGAUGCUGACCAGGCCCCCUACACCACCAGGCACAUUUUUCAUAGGGGUCUCCACCCAUCCCAGCUCCUUCUUGGUUACCAUGGCCCCUGCUCCCCACUCUCAGGCCUCCACUGCUGCCCUGAUUACCGCAGCUUCCUCUAAGCCGCAGCCACCCUCAGCCUAUCUGACAACCAUUCUCCCCACUUCCAGUACUCCACACUCUCCGCCAUCUGUCCAUUCCCUACACUCCCUGUCCUCGUUCGUUCCCAUGUCCAGUGUGCCCACCACUCUCACUGGUCUCGCCUCCAGCUCCACCCCAGCAUACCCCUCAUAUUCCUCUGCCUUUUCUGGAUCCUCAACAACUGUGAAGUCCACAAGUCUGUCACCUUCCACAGGGAUGAAGCUUUCAUCCCUGUCCGGUCAUCCAGGGGAGGCCACAACCUCCUUUGCCUCAUCUUUCACAUCUUCUCUGCCUGUUUUCACAUCCCUCCAGGGCUCUGGCUCCAAAAUCACCUCCUUGACACCGAGUGUCCCUCAUGGUCUUACUCAGUCUCUGUCCUCAUCUCUUGACCUCAGUGUGCCCCUAACAACAUCGCAGCCUUUCUGGGUAGACACUCAAAGCUCAUUUUCCCAGAGUUCAUCACUUGUGUCUACUCCAACAGCAGCUGUUACCCGCCAUGGGAGUUUAACAGGCCGUGCCUCACCUCCUCAGCCUACUUCCCAAGGAAUCGAAAACGUUGUGGAGCGCAACACAAGGUUACCCAGUGAAGCAGCAGACAGAGGCACUGUGGGGCCAGUCGAGGGCCCUCCGGCGUCCACAGCCCCGGCCAGUCCUAAAGGACUUUCUACUGGAGGAACUGAAAGAACAGAGACCACUGCCGGGGCUCUGAAGACCACCUCCAUGGUCUCUGUGACCACCAGCGUCUCUACUCCCACCUUGAGAACACUGACUAUCCCAACAUCAGAACCACCAGCCAGCACAAGAGGAAUAAUCAUUACCACCUCAACAGCUCCUCCUGGUGUUCCAGAGACGACAGCCUCAUUGGCUACCCGACUUCAAGAAUACAUCACUGUAACAGUUCCCAAGGAAAUGCCACCUUCUUUCAGUAGAGAACCAGAGAUCAGUGCCUCCAUUGUCCCCAGUACUGGGGCAGAGAUCAGGUCAGUUGCUCAAACUCCAACUGUGACCACAGUGCUAUCAGCAGAAACACAAACACCCAUUUCCAGAACAAUCUCCAAAGUUCCCUAUUCUGAGUCAGAUACCACACUCUUGGUGGGCACAAGUUCAGCCAUUCCAGCAGCCAGUAUCUCACCUCCUACACCAGGACUGACAACUGUACUUGUCACUGCUUCUAGGACAGUCACUGGCUCAGCUAAACCAUUUCAGACUCCUCCUGAUGAACAAGAGAGUGCAACCUCUUUGGCUACUGACCUUGCUGCAAGGAGUUCAGCCAUUCCAAGCCCAACUGUCUCACCUGGUAUAUCACAGAUGGUGACAUUACCAGUUGGUACUUCUGGGACAAAGACAAGUACAAGUAGCCAAUUUCUGACUGCUUCUCCAAAUCAGAUGGAUAUCACAGCUACAAAACUCACUCAAUCUGGAACAAAAGCUAGUUCAGCAGUUCCAACUCUGACUGUUUCUGGUGGGUCACACACAGCAACUUCCUGGGUUACUCAUUCUGUGGAGACUAGCCCAACAGUUCCCAGGAUUGCCCCAGAUUUCCCCCACAGUGAAUCCAAUACCACACCAUUAACCACCACCAGUCGUGUGGGUGAAAGCAGUUCAGCUGUCUCCACUUCCACCGUUUCACCUGGCGGAACAAAUAGGGUGAACUUGCUGGUCACUAGUUCUAGAAUAGCAACCAGUACAAGUGUUCUAAAUCCAACUACUUCUGCUGGUACACCAGAGACCACAUCCUCAUUGGUUACCCAUCCUGGCCCACAGACCAGUGCAGCCAUCCUAACUCUAACUGUCUCUCCUGGUGUAUCAGAGACAGUGACUUCAUUGGUCACUAAUUCUGGAGAAGAGAACGGUGUGCUUCCAACCCUCACUGUUUCCCCAGGGCAACCAGAAACCACAGUCUCAUUGGUCACACAUCCUGAGUCAGAGACUACUUCUGCUGUUCCAGGAUUGACUGUUUUAGUGAGCCAAGCAGAUACAACAGUUUCACAAGUCACCCACCCUCCGGAAACCAACACAGCUGUUCCCAAAACAACCCGAAGUGUUCCCCAGAGUGACUCCAACACCACGCCCUUAACAGCCACCAGUCCUGAGGAAGAAGGCAGUUCAGUUGCCACAAGUACUACUGUUUUACCAAAGGCCCCAGGGGGGACAUCUUCAUUGGUCACUAGUUCUUCAGCAGUGGCCAGUACAAGUACUCCAACUCUGGCUCUUUCUUCUUCUGGAUCGAAAGUUACACCCGCAAGGGUGACCCAUUCCAGGGCAGUUUCCAGUUCUGCUGCUCCAGCUCUGUCUGUUUCACCUGGUGAACCAGAUAUGACAGCCUCGCCUGUCCCACUCUCUGCAGAGACCAGCCCAACAAUUCCCAGGACACCCCCAGAUUUUCUCCAAACUGAAUCCAGUACUACACAUUUAACAGCCACCAGGCCUGGGAAGGAAGCUGGUUCAGCUAUCUCAACUUCUGGUUCAGGGUUGCUGACUUCACUGGUCACUAGUUCUGGAACAGAGGCCAGUGUGUUUCCCACUCUGACUGUUCUCUCGGGCCAACAACAGACCACAGACUCACGAGUAACCCAUCCUAGAUUAGAAACCAGUUCUUUUGUCUCAACUUUGUCUGUCUCUCUUAGAGAGCCAGUUACAACUGCCUCCUUGGUUGCCCAUCCUGCAGAGACCAGCUUGACCACUUUUAUGACAAGCCCAAGUUUUUCCCAUAGUGAAACACACUCCACAACCCCAACAACCAUCCUUCCCAGGACAGAAUCUAGUUCAGCUCUUUCAACUACAAUUAUCCCAUCUGGUGUUCCAGCGAUGGUGACUUCACAGAUCCCUGCUUCUGGAAUGGAUGCCAAAACAGCUAAACCUACUCUGCCUCCUUUUCCUUCUGAACCAGAGAUCACAGCCACAUUGGUCCGCUCUGCUGGGACACAGACAGGUUCAUCCAUUCCAACUCUGGCUAUCUCCCUGGGCACAUCAGAGAUGACCUCACUGGUCACUAGCUCUGAGACAGAGACAAGUACAACUAUUCCAAUUUUAACUGAUUCCCCAGACCAGCUGGAUACCACAGCCUCAUGGGUGACCCAUCCUGAGUCAGUUGCCAGUUCAACUAUCCCAGCUGUCUCCAUUUCUCCUAGUGAGCCAGAUACAGCAGCCUCAUGGGUCACUCAUCCUGCAGCAACCAGCCUACCAGUUUCCAGGACAACCCCCUACUUUUCCUAUAGUAUAGCGGACACCUCGCCCUUAAUGGCUACCAGUCCUGGGGCAGAAGCCAGUCCAGCUAUUCCAGCUCCUACCGUUUCUCCUGAGGUACCAGGAGAGCUCACCUCUUUGGUCACCAGUUCUAAGACAGUAAUCAGCACAAGUACUUCAGUUCUGACUCAUUCCUCUGGUAAACCAGAGACCACAGCACUAUUGGUCACCCAUCCUGGGCCAAGUCCAUCCUUUCCAACUGUGUCUGUUUCUACUGAUGAGCCAGGAACAGUGGCCACACUAGUCACUAGUUCUGGGACAGAGACAAGUACAACUUAUCCGAGGUUGACUGAUCACUCACAAGAACAAAAGACUACAGCCUGGGUCACCUAUUCUGGGUCCAAAGCUAGUCCUGCUGUUCCAACUCUGACUGUUUUGCCUGGUGAGACAGAUACAACAGUUCCAUUGGUCACUCAUUCCACAGAGACUUGGACAUCUGUUUCCAGGACAGCACCAGCGAUUCCCCAGAGUGACUCAGACUUUACUUCUUCAGUGGCUACCAGCCCGGGAGCAAAAGGCAGUUUAUCUGUUCCAACUACAAUGAUUUCACCAGAUAAAACAGUUUUAGCGACCUCAGAGGUUACUAAUAGCACAAGUAUGGCUACUUCAGCUCUGCCUCCUUCUCCUGUCCAGACAGAGAUUCCCAUCUCAGCAGUCACCUUUUCUGAGGCACAGGCCAGUCCCACUGUUCCAACCCUCACAAUUUUCUCUGGAGAACCAGCUACAACCUCAUCUGUCAUUCAUUCUGCAAAAACCAGCACACCAGUUUCCACAAUGACCCCCACUCUUUCCCAUGGUGAAUCAGAUACCACACCCUCAGUUGCCAGUGGUCCUGGGGGAGACUCCAGUUUGUCUGUGCCAACAGUGACCGUCUCACGUGGGGAACCAGACGUGGUAAGCUCACAGGUCACUACCGGGCCACCAACCAGUACAACCAUUCCAACGAUGACUGUUUCUCCUAGUGAACCAGAAACCCCAGCCUUACUGAUCACCCACUCCAGUGCAGAGAUAAGUACAAAGUUUCCUGUUUCAACGAAUCUUCUUCCUUUCUUGGAGACUGCAGCCUCACCGACCAUCAGACCCAAGGUGGAGAUUAGCACAGCUCUUCCAACCCAGACUGCUUCCCUUGGUAGAACAGAGACAGUGUCUUCUCUCUUCACCUCUCUUGCGACUGAGAUGGGUACAGUUGAUCUAGGUCCAACAGUUGCACCAGGUAUCCCUGUGCAAACAGCCUCACUGUCUACUCAUCAUGGGCCGGAGACCAGCACAAAUACCCCGACGGCAGCCCUUUCCCCUGGUCUAUCAGAGGUCACAAGCGUAUGGGUGACCAGCCCCACAGCAGAGGCCAGCACAGGCAUCCCGACUCUGACUGCUCCCCCCAGCACCCCUCAGCUUUCCAGUGCUUCUACCACAACAGGUGAGCCUAAGACCAUGAUUUCCUGGAGUACAGAAACUCCAUUGCCUGCAACUUCAACUGGAUUCCCAGAUUUUUCCAGAGCUGUUGUAGGCCCUGCUACGACCUUGAAAACAUUGGAGACCCCAACACUGCCUACAACCAGUCACAGAGAAGGAGUGAGUCCAACUGCUACCUUGAAGACGACAACUGCAGAGACCACUCACUUAGCUGCCCCAGGUUCAAGUCCCAGCACAGCUGAGACCACAGGCACCUUCAGUACUACAGUCACCGCAAGUCCCUCUGCCUCAGAGACCACAUCUGGGGUGUACAGCUUGGCUUCUGAGAGCGUGACUCCAGCAACAACUGUAGGAGGCAGUCCAGUCCCAGUGCCUUUCAAGCUCAACUUCACAAUCACCAACCUGCAUUACACCCCAGACAUGAGGCAUCCAGGGUCGUUGAACUUCAACUCCACAGAGAAGGUCUUGAAUCACCUGCUUGAGCCCGUGUUCAAGAACACCAGCAUCGGUGCUGGCUACUCCGGCUGCAGAUUGACCUUGCUCAGGAAUGAAAAGCAUGACACGGCCACCGGAGUGGAUGCAGUCUGCACCUACCAAAUGCCCCCCACGGGCCCAGCUCUAGAGACAGAGCAACUGUACCAGGAGCUGAGCCAGCUGACCCAUGGUGUCACCAGGCUGGGGUCCUAUUCCCUAGACAGAGACAGCCUCUAUGUCAAUGGUUAUAACCGUCGGUACUGGACUCCCACUACCAGCACUCCAGGGACCAACACAUUCUCUCCAGGACUUUUGACACCCUCCCUCUCCAGUUCUACAGGUACAGGUCUGCCUCUGGUAUUCUUCACUAUCAACUUCACUAUCACCAACCUGCAUCAUGAGAAGGACAUGGGGCACCCAGGAUCUGAGCUAUUCAACACCACAGAGAGCAUCUUGAAUCGCCUGCUGAAAUCCUUGUUUGAGAAGAGCAGUAUUGGGCCCUUGUAUUCUGGCUGCAGACUGAUCUUACUGAGGCCUGAGAAAAACAGAACAGCCACUGGGGUGGAUGCUGUCUGCACUCGCAGCCCUGAUCCCAUGGGCAGUGAGCUAGACAGGGAGAAGCUGUACUGGGAGCUGAGCCAUGAGACCCAUGGUGUCACAGUGCUGGGAUCCUACACCCUGGACAAGGACAGUCUCUAUGUUAAUGGUUAUACCUUCCGAGCUUCCACUCCCACCCCUAGCACUGCUGUGACCUCUACAUUUUCACCAUGGACCUCCGUGGUGCAGGACCACUUCACCAGCUCCACAGGAGAGACUCCUUUUCUGAUCCCUUUCACCCUGAACUUUACCAUAACUAACGUGGAAUUCAAGGAGUCCAUGGAGCACCCGGGUUCCAGGAAGUUCAACAGCACUGAGAGAAUCCUGCAGAAAUUGCUCCAACCCUUGUUCGAGAACAGCAAUCUGGGAUCUCGCUUUUCAGGCUGCAGACUAGCCUCCCUCAGGUCUGAGAAGGCCGGAGCAGCCACCAGAGUGGAUGCCGUCUGCUCAUACUACUCCGGCCCUGAAGGCUUCACACUGGACAGAGAGCGGCUUUACUGGGAGCUGAGCCAGAUGACCCAAGGCGUCACCCACCUGGGCCCCUACACCCUGGACAGGGACAGUCUCUAUGUCAACGGAUUCACCCCUCGCAGCUCUGCACUCAGCACCAGCACUCCUGGGACCUCCACAGUGGACCUGGGAGCCUCUGUGGCUCCAUUCUCCAUCUCCAGCCCCACAGUCUUGAGCCCUACUCUGGUACCCUUCAUCGUCAACUUUACCAUCACGAACUUGCAGUUCAUGCCGGAUAUGAACCAUCCAGGCUCCUCCAGGUUCAACAAAACUGAGGCCAUCUUGCAGCACCUGCUUGGUGCUCUGAUGAAGAACACCAGCAUCGGCCCACUCUUCUCUGGCUGCAGACUGAGCUCUCUCAGGCCCGAGGAGGAUGGGUCAGCUACCAAAGUGGAUGUCAUCUGCACCUACCGCUCUGAACCCACAAGCACUGGGCUGGACAGAGAGCAGCUGUACUGGGAGCUGAGCCAUGAGACCCACAGCAUCACCAGCCUAGGCCGCUACAUCCUGGACAAGAACAGUCUCUAUGUCAAUGGUUACACCCAUCGCUUCCUGACCUCCACACCUACCAUUUUUGUGACCUCCACUGCUAUCCCAACAGCAUCAGCAAACCCUGUCUCAGUCUCCACAGCGGCAGCCCCUCUCUUGGUGCCAUUCACCAUCAACUUCACCAUUCUGAAUCUGCUGUAUGAGGAGGGUAUGAAUCCCCCUGGCUCCCGGAAGUUUAACUUCACUGAGAGAGUCCUGCAGAACCUGCUCCAACCCUUGUUCCAAAGCAGCAGCCUGGGAUCCCGCUAUGCAGGCUGCAGGCUAGCCUUGCUCAGGCCUGAGAAGGACGGAACAGCCACCAGAGUGGAUGCCGUCUGCUCAUACCGCCCCGGCCCUGAAAGCUUCACACUGGACAGAGAGCGGCUUUACUGGGAGCUGAGCCAGAUGACCCAAGGCGUCAUCCGCCUGGGCCCCUACACCCUGGACAGGGACAGUCUCUAUGUCAAUGGAUUCACCCCUCGCAGCUCUGCACUCAGCACCAGCACUCCUGGGACCUCCACAGUGGACCUGGGAGCCUCUGUGGCUCCAUUCUCCAUCUCCAGCCCCACAGCUUUGAGCUCCACUCUGGUAUCCUAUACCAUCAACUUCACCAUCACGAACUUGCAGUUCAUGCCGGAUAUGAGCCAUCCAGGCUCCUCCAGGUUCAACAAAACUGAGGCCAUCUUGCAGCACCUGCUUGGUGCUCUGAUGAAGAACACCAGCAUCGGCCCACUCUUCUCUGGCUGCAGACUGAGCUCUCUCAGGCCUGAGGAGGAUGGGUCAGCUACCAGAGUGGACGUUAUCUGCACCCACCGCUCUGAACCCACAAGCACUGGGCUGGACAGAGAGCGGCUGUACUGGGAGCUGAGCCGUGAGACCUACAACAUCACCCGCCUGGGCUCCUACACCCUGGACAGGAACAGUCUCUACGUCAAUGGUUACACCCACCACUUCCUGACCCCCACCCUCGGUGUUUCUGUGGCCUCCACUGUGAUACCAACAAUGUCUUUAACACUCGCACCAGUCUCCACAGCAACUGGCCCCAUCCUAGUACUGUUCACCAUCAACUUUACCAUCACCAACCUGAAGUAUGAGAAGGAUAUGCAUGAGACCGGAUCUCAGAAGUUCAACUUCACGGAGACAGUCCUGCAGAGAGUGCUCACGCCCUUGUUCAAGAAAACUAGCGUGGGCCCUCUUUUUUCUGGCUGCAGACUGAUCUCGCUCAGGCCUGAGAGGCAUGGAGCAGCAACAGGAGUGGAUGCCACCUGCGCCCAGCACCCUAAUGCCACAGGCCCUGGGCUGGAUAGAGAGCAGCUGUACUGGGAGCUGAGCCGCCUGACCCAUGGCAUUACCCAGCUGGGCAGCUACAUCCUGGACCAAGACAGUCUCUAUGUGGAUGGUUACACCCAUCGGAUCCUGGCCACCACUGCCAGAACUUCUGUGGUACCUGCCAUCACUGCUUUGAUGCCUACCUCCUCCUCCAGUCCCACAGCUGCUAGGCCUGUCCGGCUGCUGUCCUUCACCCUGAACUUCACCAUCACCAACAUGGCCUAUGUGGGAGACAUGCAGCCUGGCUCUGCGAGGUUUAACGGCACAGAGUCAGUUCUACGACGCCUGCUCCAACCCCUGUUCACCGCCAGCAGCAUCGGCUCCCUUUACAAUGGCUGCAGACUGACCGCACUAAGGCCUGAAAAUGGUGGAACAGCCACUGCAGUUGAUGCCAUAUGCACCUACCACCCCGACCCUGCAGGCUCUGAGCUGGACAGGGAGCGCCUCUACUGGGAAUUGAGCCGCCUGACCCAUGGUGUCACCAAGCUCGGCUCCUACAUCCUAGACAGAGACCGUCUUUAUGUCGAUGGUUUCACCAGACCAGUGUUGACCUCCACCCCAAGUGUGGCUGAGACUUCUACACUCUCCUCAGGAACCUCUGCAGCUCCAAAUACAGUAUCAGGCCCCUCUCUGGUGCCAUUCACCCUAAACUUCACCAUCACUGACAUGCCUUACACGGAGAACAUGAAGCCUUGGGGCACCUCGGAAUUCAAUACCACAGAGAAGGUUCUCCGAGGACUGCUUGACCCCUUGUUCAAGAACACUAGCGUCAGCCUUCUGUAUUCUGGCUGCAGACUGACUUCGCUCAGACCCAAGAAAAAUGGCUCAGCCACAGGCAUAGACAUGCUGUGCACCUAUCACCUGGACCCUGUGGAUUCCAUGCUGGACAGGGAGCGUCUGUACCAGGAGCUGAGCCAGCUGACCCAUGGCGUCACCCGGCUGGGCAGCUACACCCUUGACCCCAGCAGUCUCUACGUCAGUGGUUACACCCAGCAGACUGCAGUCCCCACAGCCAGCACCACUGAACCACCCCUGAUGCCUUUCACCCUCAACUUCACCAUCACCAACCUCCCCUAUGAGGAGGGCAUGUGGCCUCCAGGGUCCUGGACGUUCAACAGCACAGACAAGAUCCUGCAGGACCUGCUCAAGUCUUUGUUCAAGAACACUACUGUAGGUUCCCUGUACUCUGGCUGCAGACUGAUCUCCCUCAGGCCCAGGAAGGACAGAGAAGCCACUGGAGUAGAUAUGAUUUGCACCUACCACUCCAACCCUGCAGGCCCAGGACUGGACAGAGAGCAGUUAUAUUGGGAGCUAAGCCAGGGGACACAUGACAUCACCCAACUGGGUCCCUACACCCUGGACGAGGAGAGCCUCUACGUCAAUGGCUAUAACCACCGGAUCCUGAUGACUACCACCAGCACAGCUGUGACCACCAUGUCUUUCCCAGCACCUUCUCCAGCUCCAUCCCCUACAACCAAACCCACAGCCAGUGGUUCUACCAUUGUCCUGGUCAUGCUCAACUUCACCAUCACCAACAUGCGUUACACAGAGGAAAUGGGGAACCCAGGCUCCUUGAAGUUUAACUUCACUGAGAGGAUCCUUCAGCGCCAGCUCAAGUUCUUGCUCAGUAAGACCAGUGUUGGGCCGCUGUACACUGGCUGCCAUCUGGCUGCACUCAGGCGUGAGGAAGGUGGAGCAGCCACAGGAGUAGGCGUCAUCUGUGCCCUCCGCUCUAACGCUGCAAGCUCUGGGCUGGACAGAGAGAAGCUGUACAGGGAGCUGAGUCAGGAAACCCAUGGCGUCACCCAGCUGGGCCACUACACCCUGGACCACAGCAGUCUCUAUGUCAAUGGUUAUACCUUUGGAGGCACAGCUGCGACACCCACCACCAAGGAGGUCCACCAGGGGAUACUCACGGUGAACUUCACCAUCAACAACCUCCGCUACGCAGCAGACAUGGGCCGUCCUGGCUCCCUCAAGUUCAACAUCACAGACACGGUCAUGCAGCACCUGCUCAGCCCUCUGCUGCAGAGGAGUAGUCCGGGUGUCCAGUACACAGGAUGCAGGCUCUCCGCGCUGAGGUCUGUGAAGAACGGUGCCCAGACACGGGUGGAUAUCUGCUGCACCUACCAGCAGUCCCCCAGCAGCUCAGGUCUGUCUGCCAAGCUGGUGUUCCAUGAGCUGAGCAAGCAGACCCGCGGCAUCACCCGGCUGGGUCCCUACGCUCUAGACAAAGACAGCCUCUACCUCAAUGGUUACAAUGAACCUGGUCCAAAAGAGCCUCCCACAACUCCUGAGCCAACCACCAUACUCUUGCCAUCAUCAACGUCUGCACAGCCAGAAGCCACAACAGCCACGGGGCACCACCUGAAGAUCCUCACACUCAACUUCACCAUCUCCAACCUCCGACAUUCACCAGACAUGAGCAGUGGAUCAGCCAAGUUCAACUCCACCGAGAGGAUCCUCCAGUACCUGCUCGGACCCUUAUUCCGGAAGACCAGCCUGGGCUCCCUGUACGCAGGCUGCAGGCUAACCUCCCUCAGGCCUGAGAAGGACAGAGAAGCCACUGGUGUGGAUUUAAUCUGUACCUAUCGUCCUGACCCCACGGGUUCCGGGCUGGACCGUGAGCGGCUGUACUGGGAGCUGAGCCAGCUGACCCACGGCAUCACGCAGCUGGGCAACUACCCCCUGGACCAGGGCAGUCUCUUUGUCAAUGGUUACACCCACCAGACUUCAGUGACAACCCCCAGAGGUUACACCCACCAGACUUCAGUGACAACCCCCAGAGGCCACGUAACCCAGAAUGUAACCUCCUGGAGCAAGUACUGGCUAAGUUUCCACAUCGUCAACUGGAACCUGAGCAACCCAGACCCUGCAUCCUCUGAGUACGCUGCCUUGCUGAGGGACAUCGAGGACAAGGUCACCACACUCUACACAAGCAGCCAGCUACAAGAUGUCUUCCAGUCCUGCUGGGUCACCAAUGUGAUGUUGGACUCCAAGUUGGUCACUAUCAAGUUAGUUUUCUACUCCCAUCUGGACCCCAACCUUGUGAAACAAGCUUUUCUAAACAAGACCCUGAAUGCUUCAUCUCACUGGCUGGGUGCCACUUACCAGUUGACGGACAUACAUAUAACAGAAGUGGAGCCACCAGAAAUACCACCAAUCUUUUCCAGCUCCCAACAAUUCCAGCUGAAUUUCACCAUCACCAACCUACCCUAUUCCCAGCACAUCUCCCAGCCAGACACCACCCAACACCAGCAUAACAAAAGAAGUGUUGAGAGUGCGCUCAACGAACUUUUCCAAAACAGCAGAAUCAAGAGCUAUUUUUCAGACUGUCAAGUUGCAGCAUUCAGGCCUGUCUCUCACAUCAACCACACUGCAGUUGACUCCAUAUGCAACUUCUCACCCUUGACUCGAAGGCUGGACAAAAUUAUUAUCUAUGAAGAAUUCCUGCGAUUGACCCAGAAUGGUACCCAGUUGCAGAACUUCACUCUGGACAGGAGCAGCGUUCUCGUGGAUGGGUAUUCUCCCAUCAAAAAUGACUCUGUGACUAGAAACCCUGGUCUCCCCUUCUGGGCCAUCAUCCUCAUCUGCUUGGCGGGGUUCCUGGCGUUCAUCACCUGCCUCAUCUUCUGUUAUCUGGUGGCUGUCUGCCGACGGAAGAAGGAGGGAGACUACCAGGUCCAGCGCCACCGCCUGGGCUAUUACUUCCCACACUUGGACCUGAGGAAGCUGCAAUGAUCCCCUCUCCCAGGGAGCUCCUCUGUCCUACCCUGAGUGCAAAGAGGAAAUAAACCACACUGGUCAGACACAGCCUCGGACCGUGCUCGCCAUUGCCCCUGACUGGUUCCCAGGGGACAGAGUGAGACGUCUUCCUCCUUCGUUGAGGCCACUUUUAGUUGUGUCUUGGGGUUUCAUGCUCUACCAUCCCUCGGGGACAGCAGAGUUAGAAAUUGCCAUUGUACAAAAUCCACAUCCUGCAUCAAUGUGAGAUCUCCUCCCCCCGUGACUCCCCACCUGCCUGCGCUUGACUCUACUGCCAGGCUUCGUGGAUCUGUUUCUCCAGCCCUGGCUGUCUCAAGCUUUCUCUCACCCUGCUUCAUUCCCUGAGAUUACCUUUACCAAGACUUUCAGGAGAAUCCUUUCCUUAUCUACUAUGUGAGUUCAGAAAGAUGGGAAACAGUCCAAGAAGGAAACGAGUCUGUCAUAAAUGAUUCCACAACCAGCUUUGGAACUUGGGAGCUGGCAUGAUCAAAUUUCCAGAAAGCUUGAGUCCAGGAGUCACACUAACCCUGCCCAAAGAUGUCUGUUUUUGACCUAAGAUGAAUAAAACUUGAGGGGGAAUCAUCUAAGGGAAAAAAGGGACAGUCUCUUUUACAUCUUUCCCUGCACUGAGAUAAUCACAAGUAGACAAUUACAGCCAAGCUUCCCAGGUGCCAGGCCAGCUGCUCUAUUCUGUAUUUGUUGGAAUUGGUGGCAUGAUCCGUUCAUUUUUCAGAUCACCGUGAGGGUCCUCAAAUCUUACCCAGGGCAAAGAAUUAAAAUUAGAGUAACGCCAUUCAUUCCCACCUUCUGGAUGUGUGCUUUGUACUCUCACUCUUGAGCAGUCUGUCUCUGAGAAUGCACUGUGGGGAUGAUUGUAAUGACAAUAACUCUCGCUUACUAAUGACAGCCACAUGUGCAUUAACAACAAGGGCACAUUCAGAGAGAUGCGUCAUCCUGUCUUAUGAGCCUGUAAUUGUGGGUGUGGUCUGUGGUUGGUGGAGAGCCCAUCAUGUGGCCCAGGACUGCACUUACUGCCUGCUAAGCACUAUGACAGGCACACGCUGCGUAUACUAACUCUGUUCUACUCUCUAUUUGCUGUGCUUUGAACUCAUUCUCUCCAAAAUUUAUGUAGUGGAAACCAAAUCCCCAAAACAACAGUAGUGGAGGUGAGGGUGUCUAAUGUGAAGCCUCUGUCCUACUGAAUGAUGCUAUAAAAGGGGGCUGAUGGGCAUUGGUUUUCUCUAUUUCUUUUCUUCCCUAUGAAGACUCAGCAUCAUUCCUCUUCUGCCUUUCCCCCUUCUACAAUUGGAGGAUUAAGUAAGAAACAUAAAAGCCCUCAUUAGAAGCUGGCAUCUUGAUCCUGGGAUUCCCAGCUUCCAAAACUGUGACAGAAUAAAUUUUUGUUCUUUAUAAA